AUGGCAUUGAUCUUCCAUUUAAAGGAGGAGGGUACAGAUUUUGAUUUCACGAAAAGAACAAUGGCAGGAGGAGCAGCCGAUUGCUUUUAUUGGGAAAAGAAGAUGGGGCUUUAUGCCAAGAAGUUUGAGUUAGAAAAUGGAAAGCGAUACGGAUUAUCUAUGGGAACAAUGAUAUGUGGCUAUAAUGCAGAUGGGCCCAAAAUAUAUAUGGAAGUGGUUCUACCAUUGCACAUGGUGUUCUUUCAACCAGAUAUCAUUUUGAUAUGGCUAAAGAGGAGGCUAUUCAGUUGGGCAAAGAUGCAAUUUAUUGUGCUGGUCAUAGAGAUGCCUUUUCUGGUGGAACUGUCAAUAAUUAUGCUAUUUCUCUUCCAUUGA